CACGUUCUUCUCUUGCUCCACCAAUUUCAUGCUCCCAGGCGGUGUCAACGACUCAGUUUAACGGUUCUCUUUUUCCGAUCGAUCCCCACUUCUCUUUAGAAAUCGAUUUAUCAAAGGUCGAUCUACAAACGUAUCCCUCCGCUUGGCUCCCUUCGCCAGCCCUGCCAGUCACGUCGCCUCCGUUGGGCUGCCCACCUGCGACUUUGGUUCGGUUUUGGUUCUUUCUGAUUGUUGUCUGCUGAGUCUCACCCAAAAAAAGCUCUAAACGUUUCUAUUUCGUUGGGGGGAUGGAUUUGUAACAAGCGAUGAAGACACAUGCUCAAUCAACAGUUUUAUUUUUGAGGAUAUUUGUUCUACAUCUACCCUUUUUUCUCUCCCAAACUAAAUAGACCUCGAUUAAUUGUCUUCAGCUGGAAGUGAGAUAUGGUGUCGACGGAAGAUGGUGAAGAGUACGCCCAGUGUCUGGAACGAAAUAUUUGGUUUUGAUUUGCCUAUCAUGAGACAUUUAUUUUGGAAGAGUUUGGCUCACCCUUUAUGUCCUGUAAAGCUCAAUGUCUCAAAUGUUCCAGAUGAUGGACAUGGUGCAUUUUACUCAGUGAUAGUGUUCCAUUCCGAAUUCAAUGGCCUCAAUAUCCUGAUCUAAAAGUCAAUGCUAUGUUAGCUUUUGUCAUUAUACUAUUUGAUUUUCAUGCU